GGUUGGACUUUGGUAGUGGGAGAGAGAGAGAGAGAGAGAGAGAUAGUGAGUUCCAGUGGAGGAGGACAACAAAGUAAAAAAGAGGGGCCUUUUUAAUUUUCAGGAGACCUCUCCCCUUCCUUGCUUUUCUCUUUGUUUUUUCACAUCUUUGACUCUCUCUCUCUUCUGGGUUUCUGAUAAAGUUGAAAGCUUUCUCCUCUUCCUGCACUCCUCAACUGGGAUUCUCCUCCUUUUCUCUCUUCCAGGAAGUGAGCUCAUGGUGCAGAGGAGAAUAGCUUGUGCUGUUUAGGGGUUUAUUUAGGUUGAGAAUGAGAAAAGAAGUGGAGAUGCAUAAAAAUUUUGAGGGUAAUCCCUUUUCGAAAGGGAAAGGCCCGAAAGAUGGAGGCGUGAUUAGCGUGAUCCAUGGUAAAGGCGAUUGUAACAAUAAUCCAAGACCGCAUAGUUUUGUUAAUCUGAGUUCUGGGAACUGUGCUGGGAAGAACUCUAGUUCAGCAUCUGCUAUUAGCAAUGAGAACGUGUCUUCGAGUGCUAUCUUCAAUGGGAAUUCAAAGAAUACCGAGAAUUCAAUGCAAUCUUCGGAUGGGGUCCUUUCUGCAAAGAGUGAAGUUGAUACUUGGAGGGCGCCCGGGAAGCUGACAUACACGGGUGAGGAUGAAAUUCUCGAUGCAGCUCAGAGAACUGAAUCUUCGUGUUCUAACUCGUAUUUCAUUCAUCCGCUUUGUUCUUCAAAUGACAACUACCUGGAAACGUCAAUUGAAACCAAGUCGUCUGUGCCUAAUGGCUGUUCGAGUGGUGUACCAGCCGGUGCUGAAACAAAAGCCUCCAUUGAAACAAAAGAGGACAAUAAACGAGACAGCUCUCGAAGUUUAUGUUCGAAAGAAGAUUUGCAUCCCGAAUCAGCAUUAGAAGAUAGGAAGGUUUUGGCUGCAGAGAAGCAAUCCCGAACGAUGGAGCUUGCACAGAUGAAUGGUUUUUCCAACAAUAACACUCUCGGCCAGCAAUCAUCCGAGUCUCUAAUUAUAAAGCAUAAAUAUGUUGCUGUUAAGGAAGAGAAUGAACUCGUGAAUAGAUUUGAUCUAAACGAUGAUAUCCCGAGAAGUGGACUAAACAAUCAUAAACAGUCGGUCUCUGAAGGCCGUGAAGCUGUAUCGUCCUCGAACGUGGUACGCCCGAGGGCUAAGUUGGGGGUACCUUUAUGCUUACCCAUCUCCACAAAGAAAUUCGGAGGCGAGCUAGGAUGGAGGGGUACUUCUGUCACAAGUGCUUUUUGUCUCGUUUCUGCAGUAAAGACCUUAAUCGACCUUAAUCUCACUGCAGAAGAGGAUUGUCCAGCAAUCGGGUUUCCAUGGGCAAACGAGAAAAAACCCGGGGUUUCACAUUUUAAACAUUCUUCCUAUAGUGAUUCAAAGCCGGGGGAAAAGUUCACCAUUGACCUUAAUGCUCCCGGUGACAAUGCUGAUAUUGAUUGUCCUCAAUCUUCAUUUCCAGUAAAUUUUACCAAGAAUGCUUCGAUGGACUUUAACUUGAACGAUGAUCCCUCCAUUCAUGAUCAUCUCCAGUUGCAGAGAAACCCGACAUUUGGAAUAAAAACACCCGAACAGGCAGCUGUUCCGAGCCUUCCAACCAAACGACAUCCCAGAGAACAUCUUAACAUUCUAGGACCCGUUUAUAGGGGAGAUUUGAGUCAUAUGCCGGUUUUUAACCAUGCUCGUGGCCAACCCGUCUUGGUGGGUCCACCUAAUCUGCUCCAGCCCGUGGAACGCCUGCAUAGAUUUGUUCCGGUUCAGCCACAGCUAUCACCAUACACAAUGCAGGUCGUGCCAUCUUACUGCUACCCCUCUAACGGUUCGUUCUUCAUCGCCCAAGCUGAUUCACUUCCCGCCCACAAUCUUUGCUAUGGUACCCGAGACCCUCAUGGUAACACUGUUUUCCCUCAAGUUCCAAACUUUCCCGGGGCACCAUAUCUGUUAGGCCCCGUGCGGGGGCAAACCCCGAGUGGUGGUGCUGACCUUCAGCCAAGAUACGAGAUAAAUAGCGGUGAUUUUUCUUCGAUGAAUGGAAGCUGGAAGGAGAACACCACGAGGCAGCUCUUAAUCCCGAGCCAGAAUACAGAACUGAAAUUUUCACAGCCCGCAAAGAGGAGAGAGCCAGAGGGUGGAUGGGAGGCUUACCAGCUUGGCUUAAAGCACACACCAUCAUCUCAUUAAGUAUUUUUUUUCUCACUUCUCUCUGAUCAUAACUAAGAACUGCUGAAAAUUCAUUCUUUGCCCCGAUAUAAUCGGGGGUUUUGAAUGGGUUCUCUCUCAUUGAGUUUACAUACAACCUCUGAAUUGCCCUGGUUUUUCUAAGGGGGCACACAUGAAAUAGGGUAUCCUCUAUAUUAACAGGCUACAUUGUCUUCUGAAUUCUGUUGGUGCCAUUGUGUACAUAUUGGUUUUACAUGAAAGUGAUAUAUUGAGGCCACCAUUAUCUUUAAUGUUGUUAA